CAUCUUCUCGCUCUCUCCUUUUCCCAACAACCACCAAGCCUUGAUCACGCCAUAAAAAGACAUAUCAGCUGCCCAGCAUCACCAAAAUGAAUCGCUGGAGCUCGGAUGAUGACAGAAUCCAAAGCGUCGAAACCUAUCUCAACUACAAAUUCGUGAAAAACGACCUUGCCCUCCAAGCCAUCUCUCCCGGAUUUACUUGUCUCGAUUCGUAUGAUAGCGCCGAAAAGCUCGCAUUGUUCGGAAUAAUGGCGCUGAAACUGGCCCUGGCUUCGCGUUCAUAUGAUCGAGGUGAUGACACAGAAAGAAUCAACCGUAUCAUCUCUACAAAAACAAGCGAUGCUUACCUUAUGGGAAAGGGUUUCGACAAAGAUCUUGAUCUACUUAUGUACGGUGUCUCGCAGAAUGGCCGCGUGUCCGAUGAAAAAAUGGCAACCACAGUCAAGGCCUUGUUCGGUGCUGUUUAUAUAGACAGUUGCAAAAGUAUUCAGGCUGUGACCUUGGCUAUGGAUACUUUCUUUGGAUACACCCAUAGUCCGGAGGCUGGGCACAUUAUUGACUAUUCCAUGCGCUACAGCACGGAUACAAUGCGCAAUGGACGAGAUACAUAUGAUAUUUCUUGGAUGGAAAAUAGAUUGAGUCCGUUGUAGAUGGGCAGCCCUACGCCUUUCAUAGGUUGGGUGACCUAAUCUAUGCAGUGUGGUCGUCAAUAGAAAAGAUAUGUCGAAAAUAUAUACCUCCAACGACUGUGGCAUAAAGUGAUGAUUUAGCAGCAGAAUCAGA